AAAUCGUAGUACGUCAACAUGGCGGUGCUAGUGUGGCUUCUGGCCACGGCGUGCGUCCUCUUUCGAGCGCAGGCAUCCAGCGAUGCCAUUGAGAAUCUUGGCGAUGAUUCGUUCUCUUCCACAAUCCAGGAAUCCAAUUCUGUCUGGCUGAUUGACUUUUACGCUCCAUGGUGCUCGUCAUGUAUUCAGCUGGAGCCUCUCUUGGAGGAAGCGGCAGUAGAAGCCAGUGGCUUCCUUCGCGUGGCAAAGGUGAACGUGGACGCGAAUCCGGCCCUGCAAGCACGAUACGAAAUCGUGCGCUACCCCACUCUCAUGUACGGUCGAUGGAACUCGCGGCUGAACCAAGUCGAGCUCAAAUCGUACCCUGGGGACCGCACCGUGUCCUCGCUCGUCAAGUUUGGCAAGCGGUUGUCGGCCGACGUCGUGAGCACUGUGAGCACGAAAGCAGAUUGGCAGCGGUUCUUGUCGGUGGAUGGCUCGAUGCUGUUCUUGGGCUUCCAGCACGAAGACAACGCACCGCCGUCGGACCUCGUGGCCAAGUUCCAUCGGGAAGCGUCGCAGUUCCAUAAGCACCACGUCUUUGUAUCAAGCAACGAGCCCGCGAUCUUGUCCAAGUUCGCCAGACCUGCUCCAUUCAUUGCCCGCGUUGAUGCCAAUCAAGACGAGCCGUUCUACUACGACGGCGACCUGCCCUUCCCCUCGUGGGUGGAGAAGAAUCGAUACCCAAGCUACGCGGCGUUCGAAGCGUCCAACGUUAAACACAUUGGGUGGUUUCGCAUCCUCGUGAUCGGGUGCUACGUGCCUGAGAAGCACCCUGGGUUUGAAUCGACCAUGCAGUCGCUGGCAUCGUACACGACGUCGCCGCUGUCUCGCGCCCACCAGGACCACUUCGCCUUUGGAUGGCUCAACUCGGAACGGUAUGAGCACUACCUCACCAAGUUCUUUGUCUACCCCGAGCAAGCGCCGACGCUGUUUGUGUGGAACAUGCAAGUAAGCAAGCACAUCACUAGUGUCAAUCGAACUUUGAUAUAAUCGACUAACCCUGGUAGGACCAAGUGUUUUACAAUUACGAAGGCCGUCCUACCGACGACGUCGACGCUAUAGCGGCGUUCUUGACCAAUGUGCUCGCCGGAAAGGAGCCUGCGAUCGCCCAAGGCAACUACUUUAUCAAGAUCUACAGGUACAUGGUGCGCGAGUCCCCAUGGUCGCUGCUAUGGCUCGUGCCCAUGGGCUUGGUCGGGUUCUUCUUGGUCUGGGGCUGCGCGGCCAUGCGGUUCCAUGACUCUGCCGCGGAAAAGAAAGCGUUGGACCAGUCCCUACAUCCUGCCGGACGACGCACUUCCCCGUCGAAAAAGGCCGAGUAAAUCCAGAGGGAGCCAACAUACCUCAAAGUAAAUCAACUCGCUAGUAGUAGUCCAGGCCUCGCCAACUACAGUAAACUGUUCCGUGGACCCUAUCUCUAGCAAUAGUUGAGACAGUCAUACGAAAUUGACUUUUUUCU